UUAGUCAAUCGGUGUCCGACCGAAACGAAAGAUCUCCGCAACCGCUAAGCAAAACGAAACUAGAAUAGAACGUUUUAAAUAAUUAAGGAAUUGAAUUUAAUUAAGAGAUAGAAUAUUUAUACUCAUUAGAUUCUCGACAACAGCUGAAAUAUUUUUGAACGAAACAAAAUAUUGAAAGGCUACUUGUAACGAGCUCCGCGAAGAAAGCAAAGCAAAUCGCAACGAAUUGUGUGAAAAGUCGAAAGAUGAUUUAUUGAAACAAUUACAAUUUCAGCAUAUGUAUAUUGAAAGUGAAUAUAUACUACAUUUGUAUAUUUGUUUCCACUAGUCCGCGGCGCGUUCUAUACUAAAAUAAGCCGUGGUAUAGAUAUUGACGUCAUUGCGAAAUACACUGUGAGAAACACCAGAGACCGACAAGUAAAUAAACAUUUGUGCGUGUUUUUUUAUGUUACGAAACUUUCGAGGAGUGGGAGCAACAAUUUCUUUAUGUUAAUUACGAGAUGCCAGCCAAGGCAAAGCCCAAAUCAAAAAGAAACUGUUUGUUCUAGUUAAUAGAUAUCCAAGGUUUUCAACAUUAAUGAUAAAUCCUAAAUGGUACUCAGCGGGUGCAGAAUUGAUCAAUAUAUAGAUGCCAUAUAUUGCCAUGGGUCGAGGAGACUUUCCGUAGGUCGGACCACACCGUAUAUGCAGCAUAUACAUUAUAGAUACAUAUAUUAGAAUAUAUUUAUUGAAAAAAAAAAAAAGAAAUUAAACGACGGCUAUAUUUUUGUAUGAAGUUUACACAGAAAUAAAACCGAAAAAAUGGCUGAAAAUCAAAUAAUAACGACCUCUAGCAAAGGGUUAAAUGAGAGAAACGCACACAUCCUGUCGCCCCACAAUGGGGCGGUGCGUAAACAGGAGUACGAGAGGAAAUCCAAUGAGAACCAGAGCUUCCAAGAAGACUUGGUCAAAAACAAACUAAAGAGAAAGAAGAAGCUGAGCGCAUCGCUCACCUCCGUUGGGGACGCCGUCAACCAGGAGAAACGCACACGCAUCGAGGGCAUCAAUUUGAAUAUUAAGCCCCGUUACAAGGACACCAACGGCACACACGAGUCGGGCGCCGCGAGGCCCCCAGCAGCCAGGCCGACUCCCAAAGUGGAGCGGCCCAUCAUCAUAGGUGGCGUCAAUGUGCUUUCAGCAGCGCCGCAGCGCUUCAAGCGCAAACUUCAAGAGAAUGUGGACACAAUACAAAAGCUGAACGCACUCGCCGAGCAGCUGCGUUUGGAAGUGAAUGAGCUAAAGUCCAGCCUGAUAACAGAGCGCGGUGCUGUGCGCGCCCUAAGGGCACAGAACGAUGCCGACAGCCGAAAAUGGCGAAACGAAGUAAAGAAGCUGCAACAGACUCUGGAGACAGCCAGAAAAUCAUCAAGUGGAACAAAGAAACCCAACGAGCCGGCCUCCGCUGAGGCUGGCAGUAGCCUUGUGGCCGCCGAUGGCCUAAUCAACUAUGAAAUCCAAAGACUGACUAAUGAAAUUGCCAUGCUAAAGGAAGCAAACAAAUCCAAAGAGGAGAAAACCCAGAUCAUUGGGCAAGCUGAUAGACGAAAGGCAGCUGAUAUGCGCCAAUUGAAAACUGCAUAUGAAAACCGAUUGACUCAGUUACAAAAGUCAGCCAAAAUUGAAAUAACACGUUUGCUAGAGGAAAUCAAAACCAAAGAACGUAAUAUAGGACAACUGAAGAAGGAUUUGCAGACACUGCAAAAUGGCAAGAAACAAUGUGAAGCCAAAACGAAACCCAAAACGAACGAAUCAAGCCAAAAGCUUAAGAAGCCAACUACGAAAACAACAACUAAAACAACAACAACUGCAACAGCAGACACAAUAACAAUAGCAACUGCAAAUGCUAAAAACGAAACAGACAUCAAAGAUACUCUACUACCAAAUCCCCUACACCAGGCUCAAGUUACAACUGAGAUAACCCAACUCAAGAAUAUUGAGCUAAUCAAUAACACGAAGAAUGCGCAUAAAUCAAAGCCCGAGAUGCGUACAACAAAAACAACAAAUCAACAACAAAUGCAACAGCAACAGAUGAGUCAUCAACAAAUCAUGACUGGAAAGGGAACCACGACAACGACAACAACAACAUGGAUGGAAACGCUGCCCCCAAAGGCAGCAACAAUGGAAUACAGAACAAAGGAUCACAACUCGGAUACGGACUCAGCCUUGUCUUCGGCGCCGCCCUCGAUCAGUCCACAGCCGCCGUCCAGUGGCGCCGACAGCGGCGUCAUGUGGCAAGCACUGCAGGACUUGGACAAGUUGCAAAAGGAAGUCGAGAUCUACCACAAGGAAAACGAGCGUCUGCAGACCGAAUUGCAGCUGAUCAAACAGGAAUUGCUAACAGCUGAGAAGGCCGCGCUGUCGGCUAGCAAUAAUCACACGCAUAUCAAUGAGCUUCUGCAACGGAUCAAGGACAUGGAGGAGGAGCAACUGCAGCUAAAUGCGGAGGCCAACGAGCUGCGCGAACAGAAUGAACUGCUCGAGUUUCGCAUACUCGAACUAGAGGAUGAUAAGAUGGAUGGCACAUGUGCGGAUCAUUGCCAGCGCCUGGAGAGUUUAUUACGCAAGACCUCGCAGCAAUUGGAGGAGAAGGACAAGCGCUGCUUGCAACAGUUGCUGCUGUGCGUGCAGCAGCUUGAUCUAGAUGCGGUCGUGGAGCAGGAGAGCUGGCAGUCAACGACGAAGGCGGAACCACGGACGAGGCACAGUCGGAUCGUAGCCACCGUCCAGCCGUACAGCAACAGUGCCACUCCCACAGCUCCGGCGACGCCCAGCAAGCAGCUACACAGAUUGCAGAACAGCAGCCUCAGCGAAAGCGGCGUCUUUGUCGAAUGCGAUCUCUCGACAGCGUCCUCAAUCGCGGAACACCCUCACCUGCAGUACUAUCAGGAGCGGCUCAUCCAGCUGGAGAGCAAGCUGCUCGUCUAUGAGAGCAGCGGCGAGACUCAGGCCAAACACUUAGCGGAGCGCCUGCAGCGCGAGCUGCAGCUGAACAAGCAGGUGAAGGAGCUGAGCGAGCGCGUGGAGCAGCUUCUCGAGCAGAACGCUCUGCUGGACGAGGCGAAGUGCGAGUUCGAGGAAGCCGAGAACGAUACACGCUUCCAUUUGCAGCGCAACGAGGAGGAGCUCGAAAUACUGCGACAACGUAACGUGGAGCUAGAGUUUAGCAAAGACGCGUUGGCCGCCAAAUACCGGGACUGCCGCGCCGAGUGCCUAAUCCUGCGCGACGAUCUGUGUGCAGCCGAGAGGCAGCUGGAGCACUUGCAGGCGGAGCGACAACGGGUGAAGCAACAGUUGGAGAGUUUGAAUCGUUCACUGCCUCUGCUGCUCUUCUACCGACUGCUGCAGCUGGCUAGGAUUAGCGGUGGUGGUAGCACCAGCAUGGGCAAUGAGCAGUCUCUGCCAGAGCGGGCGACCGCUGGUGCCGGCCCAUCGGGCUGCGGGCCCUGCCCGUCCAGUAAAGUCAAUCAGAUGAUCAAAAAGAACUGCAACAAGAUGAUGAUGAAUAAUAAUAACAGCAACAAUAACAACAAUAACAACAAUAACAUUUGCAACAGCACGAAUGCCCCGAUGGAUGCUGCUGCCGCACGUGAGAUUAGCUAUCUUAAGGAAGAGGUCAAGACUUUGCGUUGUUCCCUCAACGCGCUAAAUACGCAACACUACGAGGCCAUGGAGACCGCCGACUCGCACUGGGUCGAUCUGGAGCGCGAAUAUAAAGCGAGAGAGGAGGCUUACCGUACCAAAGAGAUGUGCUUGAAGCAGAAGAUCAGCCAGCUGCAAGAUUGCCUGCGCGAUGACUCGCGCGCUGCUGCUGAGAAGAUACAGCAGCUGGAGGAAGCGGAGCUUGGGCUGAAGACGUGCCUGGUGCGCCUAACCAAGGAGCAUCGGGACCUGAUGGAGCAGAAGCUGGCGCUGGAAAAGGAGGUCGACAGUCAUGCCGCAGACGCGGAGAAGCAACAGCCGCUGGCCAAUGAGCUGGAAAGCGAGAGACGACGUUGUCAAACCCUGGCCGAGGAUCUGAACUUUGCCAAGAAGCUGCACCAGAGCAUGGAGGAGCAGCUGAAAGCGGAAACGGAUUGCCUGCGCCAGCAGAUCUACGACCUAAAGAAGAACCUCAUGCACCUCGAGGUGACCAAUGGGGAGCUCAGGGAGGAGGUGAAUACGCUUGAAUCCAAAAUCGCUGAAAUGGAGCAGCAGCUGAAGGCGAGCUCGGAGCACGUCUGCUGUCUGGAGGAUGAGCUGCGUACCAAGGAUGAGCUGAUCCAGCGCAUGGAAAAGAAGCUUGGAGUCUGCCCCGAGGGCUCUAGCCUAGCCCACGAGCUCUUCGACAGCCCCAUGAAGCGUGGAGAGAUCGACAAUUUGGAGGCGGCCAGUCAAGGUCUUGGUUGUGCUCUAAGAGAUUUGGAGCGCCGAGAGCGCGAGCUACCCACGCACAAGGACUUUCAGACCAUCGCCUGCACUGUGAAGCAGCUGGCGGACACUAUUCUCCACGCCCAGAAGCCGACUGCCCAGCUCUGAUGUAUAUGCAGGACGAGCACCGCGACCCAGGAGUUUGCCACAAUAGCCAAAACAUUCAA